CUGAUUUGCUUAUCAGCGUUGCUACAAAUGCAAGAGCCAUAUGAUAUUCCUUGUAGAUUGCAAUCUGUUUUGAGUUAGGACUAGUAGUAAAAUCUUCAUCAUGGGACGAUAAGACUAUUGAAAAUAUAAUUGUGUCUUUUACAAUGUUAGAACAGUCUGCGGACCAGAUAUUUCUCCGAAUAAAGAAGCAAAUUGACCACACGGCAUCACGAAUAAUAGGAGUACAAGAAAGGAUCCAGAAAGUCACUACGGCGGUACGAGAGCUGGAAAAGGAUGAUGUCAUGACUAUAUUUUAUUCUGCGCCGCUCUUCCCUAUGACUGAGACAUCUUGUGAGCAACUAGAGCCGCUGGAUAUUGAAAGCAUUUCUGAGGGUGAGGUCCGGUCGCUUGUUCAGAAGGAAAGCUCGAUUUCAAGUGCUGUUCCUCACAAACUGUUACAGGGAAACACUGCUGAUAUGAGUGGUAUUUGUUCUAUUCAGUCCUUGUACUCUACUGCACCGCCCGCAGCCUUGGUUACCGAUGAAGAUAAUAACGAGUUCAAAUCGAUGCAGCACAUCUAUGACUCAUCCGAGCUUAUCCAGCGGAUUGGCCGCCAAGUAAUGAGCAAUGACCAGCUCUACGAUAUGAAAGACAAUGAAUACAGCAUCGCGGAUGUGUCAGCGCAUUCCCCUAAUGGCAUCAGCGAUUCGGAAGAUGAGGAACCGAUUCGUCACACGCGUGUGUCUUUGAUGAUCGACGAUUUGACAUCGCAAAGUGAUCUUCGAAUGUCCUUGCUCCACUCCACCACUGUGCGCCAGACGAGCAAGCCUGCGGCUCCAACGAUCCCCACAAACGUCGAUGUGGUGAAGGCUGUGCGGCCUCCGCCGAUUCCCACGUCGGCGAUCCCUUCAACGGGCACGCUUAGCUCGCAGUCCACGAUUUCGUCCAUUGAAUCGACUUCAAAAACGGGAAGUUUCCGUGAUCGAAGCUCGCUACCCUCUUCACAGCCUCCUGUUCUACCCUCUUCACAGCCUCCUUCUCUGCCCUCUUCACAGCCUCCUUCUCUACCCUCUUCACAGCCUUCUGUUAAACCCUCUUCGCAGCCUCCUUCGAUUCCUGUGCCCUCGAUUCCAACUGCUUCUUCUGCUUCAUCUCCACCGAAUCCACCGAAGCCUUCGGAGCCUCCACAGCCUUCACAGCCUUCCGUGACUGCGGGCAAUCCGCCUCGACCCUCCAUGAGCGCGCUUCUCGCUGAGAUUCGAGCGAGUGGAGUGGAGAUAGAGCAUCGAUUGAAUGGUAGGGACGCGUGA